AUGCUCAUCAACGAGCAUACUGCCAUCCUUACGCGGAGGAUCCUCCUAGUCCCAUACAGCAAGCAUCAUGUACCAGCGUACCAUGAGUGGAUGCAAGAUGAGGAGCUACAAAAAGCCACAGCAUCCGAGCCACUGACUCUGGACGAGGAAUAUGCAAUGCAACGCAGCUGGCGCCAAGACGCCGAUAAGUUGACGUUCAUCGCUUGCACCGCAUCCGAGGACCUGUAUAAAUCGCAGCGGACGGUAGUAGCCGAUGGCGCGAAUGAUGCUCCCGAGAAGAUGAUUGGAGAUGUCAAUCUCUUCAUCCAUGAAGCGGACGACGAACAGUCGGAUGAGGAAUCCGAGUAUACGCAGCGGCAGAAGCAUAUAGUUGGCGAAGUUGAGCUCAUGAUCGCCAGUAAGAACCUCCGUGGCCAGGGCUAUGGGUUAGAAGUAUUAAGGGCAUUCCUGUGGUACUUCGCGGUCCACAUCCGGGAGAUCCUUCUGGAGUACUGUCAGGGGCAGCGACUACCGGAGGCUGAUGUGCGGUGGAAGUACCUCCGCGUCAAGGUCGAUAAGGACAACAUCAGAAGCAUUCGACUUUUCGAGCGGGCAGGCUUCCAGAAGGUGUCAGAGGAGCCGAACUACUUCGACGAGGUAGAGUUGCGAACGCAACCCGGUCAAGCGACGAUAAGAGUCGAUGGCCCUAUAGAUCUACCGCUGCUUCUGCACUACGCUUCAUUGCCGAAUUGA